GCUGCGGUGGCAGAGAUUAUUCAUGAAAAAACACUGACAUUUUUUCAAACAAACGCCUUCGGGUUUUAGUCAUUUGCCAGUUAGUGGCGUUUGAGAACACAGAAAAAACAAGCCGACUCCUUUUUUUCCAGCUGAUAACCCCACAGGCAGAUUUCAUGAAACUCUACGGCGCUCUGACGCCAGACAGCAGGAAACCUAACAGAUGAGCAGAAAAAACGGACCGCUUCGUGAUGACACGACGCACUGGCCCUUUAUUGCGCGAAUAUUUCAACUUCAAUAUGUUUUAUAUUCGUAAAAUACAUUUUCCCGCCGCCUUUACAAUUCUUUGCUUCUUAGUGUCUCCGGUGAUGCUAAAAGAUACCACAACGUGUCGGAUUGGAAACCCAAAAGAUCAUGUUGAUGAAAGAUGCCCUGUGGAAAUGAUAAGUUCUACUAUCACUGGGAAGGCUUACUCUGAAUGUGUUUCUGUUUAUGUCUGGUUGAAAGCUGAGGAUUUUAACAAGAGCCCAAAGCUUAAAAUUCUCAGUCCAAUUAAGAAGACACUUAAGCCUACCCUGAAAAUACUGCCACUGAAAAUACAGCGUGAGAAUAAAACACGUAAAGGUGAAAAGUUCAGCUGUUGCAACUGUAACAUACCGCAAAUACCAGAGAGAAAUACCAGUCGUCCCAUGUGGGUGCUUGAAUAUGACUGUGUCAAGGCGAACACUGGAAACAUUGUUUCUGUGCUCUACAGCACAAAGUCACUAAGCUGCAAUGUCACGUACAGAGUAGAAGAAAGCCCAGACUUCGAUCUGUCUGUGGAUUCGUCAUCUAAAUCUAUCACUGUUGCUAUGAAGAGAAAAUCCAUCAACGUCACCACGAAGAAUGAAUCUUUUACUGUUACCAUGAACACUGAGGAGGUCUAUGUCAGACACUGUUACGAAAAUGAAUGGAAAUGCGAGGGCAAGACCAAGGGGCAUCCCCUGAAAAUUGAUACGUCCCAGUCAGCUGUUCUCAACAUCUCUUACCUGCUGCCCUGUGUGUGCAUAGAGGCAUAUUACACCCACACCGACGCAACGCGGCGUAAAAAGUGCCCCAUUAAAGAGACGGGAGUCAUGGAUGCCAGAGAUGCGUUUUCCUCCUGUAAAAUCACUUUCUACACGGACGGUUUUACGCUGUGUACACUGUGCCCAGCCAGCCCGCUGAACAUCUCUGCCUCCCUCUGCUGGAUGCAGCACAAACACCUCUGCACGCCUGUGCUUAACUCCACCCUGGAGAAGAAAGACAGGCUUCAGAAAUAUGACACUACUGCAGUGGACAAACACCCUCAGAUGUGUGUGCAGCUUUCUGUACAAGGAAUACGCAACAUCUCUUGCCCUUUUACAGCAGAUACGCCUUCUUGGGAGGUCUCUAUUGGACCUGGAAGGCAGAUGAUAAUGGUACAUGUCAACUCUUUUUCUCCAGCAACGUUUUCAAGCCAACUCUGUGUCCUUACUGAGAGGGAAUGCACAGCUGUAGGGAAAGCACAUUCAGUUACAAUGGAAGGAAACAGAAGUGAAAAAAUAAUAAAUUUGCCUCUUCACUUUUAUUCUAAAAAUCCUUGCGUCCAGGUGUGGCAGUCGGAUCCUGUUCGUCGUGGAAGAAGAAUUUUCUGCCCGGACUACACCCACAAUAGACGCGGCUUGUAUGCGGUGGCAGUUCUGAUAUUUGUGUUUGUAGUUGUGUCGUUUGGAAUUUUUAUCCACCGUGCUACAAAGAGGGGAGCUGCAGGUUGGCUGUAUAUCCAGAAGCCACUGCUGCUGGUGUGUUCAUCAGGUCAGUCGGACCAUAUCUCUGCUGUGUGUGCAUUAGCCUCAAUUCUUCAGGAGGAGCUAGGUGCCACAGUACGCACACCUCUGUGGGCCCAAAACUCUCAAAGCCAGGAUGAGUCGGGGCCUGGUGUGGCAGAUCUGGGCCCACUUCCCUGGCUGUAUGGCCAGUGGGAUGCUGUCUGCAAGGAGCAAGGAAAAGUGCUUGUAAUUUGGAGUCCUGAAGCCAAGAAAACCUAUCAGAAGUGGACAAUAGAGAGGGCAAACACAGAUCAGAGUGAAAGAAAAGAGGUAGACUGCAGAAAUGCACACACGAAACAUGAGAAAACCAAGGCAGAGCUGGAAGAGGAUGUGAAGCAGAAUGGAAGAAAAUUAGGAAAAUUUAAAAAAGAAAAAGCUGUUGGAAAAAAAGAUGGUGCUAAAUUAUGUGACGAUAAAGACUCGUACCGACAAAAGGAGGCCUCUGCAUUGAUAGAGCCAAUGUUCACAGCUGUGCUGGCUCGCUUAAAAAGGGUGCUGCAGGAGCACAAAAAUCAAGAAGUUGUUCUUAUCUAUUUCCAGGGCCUCGGCCACAGCAAGGAUAUCCCAAAAGCCUUCAGGGAGGUCCGUCAGUACUGCUUACCCCAGGAUUUCAGGGGUUUAAUAGGGGAGCUGGGAGAGAUGACAAGAAGUGUUGAAUUUAGGUGGCACUGCUGGCCCAGAGUCCUUUCUAAAGGGCUGGCAAUAUGGCUGGCACAGAAACUAUCUCAGAGGCUGCAGACGCUCGUGCCUCAGACACAACGAAAUAAAGUGCUCAAGAAAAUAUCCUCGAUGAAAAAGACAUUACAUAAGCCUGAGAGCAGUCUGAAGUGGCCUUUAGCUGCCAGACCCUGAACUGUGCAGGUGUAUGUGUUUCUACACGGGAGAAACACUACCACUACCGUGGAAAGCAGAGAAGUUUUAAUCUCAAGUUUCAAAGUGACAGAAGUGGGUUUUUUUGUUUUUUGUUUUGCUGGAAACACGAGACACGGGAGCCGGUGUUCCAUUGCAAACUCCUGAAACCCUCACUCUGUACGAACUAUUCAUUACCGAGCUCUGCUAUGUCCAGUAUGCCACAAGAUGUUUUGCAUGUUAAGAAGAGGUAAACACUCUGUCCUUUGCACAGCAUUUAGCCUCUGACAGAGGGUUCUUUAUAUUGCUUUCGUGACUGAAGCCCUAGUGAACACCUGUCUUAUCUGCACGAAUAUGCUAACCACUAUGAAAAUCUUGUUGCAAAUAAUACCCCACUUUUUUCAUGAACACAUUUAAUGUUUCAAAGUGUUGUGACAGCACAGGUGACAAACUGCGUGACUGCUGUUUACAAAAAACCGUCAAAUUUGCAUAGGAUUUUCUAAACACAGACAUUAAGCCAAAGCUUUCAUCGGAUUUCCACUUUUACUGCAAAUGUAAAAUGUGCUUCACUAAUUAGAAAGUAACUGCAUUCAUGUGUUUAUCUUUUUGGCAUUUAGUGGGUUUGAUAGCUUUUUGUAGUAAUAACUCCUAUUUAUGACUGGGGCUACUUCUACAGCUGUGUCUACAUGUGUGUUUUUUGCACACAUACUACCUCCUGCAUUUUAAAAGUGAAGAAUAAUUAACAUUUUGGCCUUUUUUUGUUGUUGUUGUAUUUUUUCCCCAUUGUGUUUUUCACUAUGCUUGUUAUUUAAUGAAGGGAAACGAAAAAUGAACAUGAAUGGUAAGACUUGGCUGGGGGACUCAAUGAGACAGAAACAGAUAAAGCCAGUAUUAUUCAAAUUAUCCAACGGAAAACAUGUAGUGCAGUGGUUACCUCAAAAUCUCAGAGCAUUAGAACAAGAAAACCGUGUCUGUGGUACUUUCCCAUGUCUUAUAUUUAUUGCAGAAGUUUUAUGAACUUCAACGGUGAACAUUAUGCAAAGUGAGUUUAAACAGAAAAGUGACAUCUCAUCUGGAUCUACAGACAAAAGUGAUUGACCUUUGAAGAAGUGUUUGUUCAGUUUUAGUCAUUCCCUGAAGCUGUUUUCCCUUCUUAAGUAUUUUAAGGUGGCAUUAGCCUGCGGCACUGUUUGCAUUAUAAGAAUAUGUUUUGAAUAAAAAACAGACUGCUUGACAAAAUAAUUACUUUGACAAAGUAUCUCUUUAAUCGCAGAAAUUUCUUUUUUCUGUAUUUGUCGCCUGUUUUAUGAACUUCAUAUAAUAAGUUGUUUGUUCAUUUGAGUUCCGGCAGCACAUCACCGAGCAGGAGCUUGAGUGACAGACUUGCUAGACAGGAUUAAUCGUGAAGUAAACGUCUGCUGCAUGAUUUAGCAACCCGCAGCAAAGAAAACACGAAGGUUUCCAUGUAAGUUUCUAGAUUCCUACAAGACCUCUGGAGGGUAGUUUGAUGUAAUACUGUAGCUGCAAUAAAGUCACAAUUUUAUAAUGUUACAUGAAUAAAUACAUAAAAUAAAUACUUAAAUCAAACAAGUUACAUGUCUUGCUAGUAUCAUUUUGUUUAAACUGCAAAGGAGGGCAUUUACUCUGGUAAUAGACAAAUGUAUAUAUGCAUCUGCAUGGUUUGCAUAUCUCUCUUAACCUCCUAGGACCUGGCGUCCACAUAUGUGGACAUCAAUUUUGGGUUACUUAAACCAAAAUAGUCAAUUUUGUUCUACAAGGGCCUGAUAUCCACUUAUGAGGACAU